AUGAUAAGGUUUAUAUUGAUACAAAACCGUGCAGGGAAAACGCGACUUGCAAAGUGGUAUAUGAACUUUGACAAUGACGAGAAGCAAAAAUUGAUUGAAGAAGUACAUGCAUGUGUAACCGUUCGAGAUGCGAAACAUACGAAUUUUGUAGAAUUCCGUAACUUCAAAAUAGUUUAUCGCCGAUAUGCUGGUCUUUACUUUUGCAUAUGUGUUGAUAUUAUGGACAACAAUUUGUAUUACCUGGAAGCGAUCCACAAUUUUGUUGAAGUGUUGAAUGAGUAUUUCCAUAAUGUUUGCGAGCUGGACCUUGUCUUUAACUUUUACAAGGUUUAUUCAGUAGUCGAUGAGAUGUUUCUUGCUGGUGAAAUACGAGAGACUUCACAGACAAAAGUGCUGAAGCAGUUAUUGAUGCUUACAUCGCUGGAAUGA